UGAAGUCCAUAAGAUGAGUGACUGUGAGGAGGAGGAGGAGUUUCCAUCCUCCAGUCGUCUGUCCAUGAAGAGUGACUGGUCCAGAGAUGAACCUCUAUACUUCAGGAAAGAAGCUGAACCCUCAGACACAAAAGUGAUGAAGAGGAGGGGAGUUUGUGUGGAGGAGCAGCCGUCCUGCUGUGCUCGGUGUCAGGACGUCCUGAAGGAUCCAGUCUCUAGCAGCUGUGGACACUGGUUCUGCAGACAGUGCAUCAGCUCAUACUGGGACCAGUCUGCUCCAUCAGGACACUCCUCCUGUCCCCAGUGUGGAGAAAGAUCCAGAAGCAGCAGCUGUGGACAAAGUGUUGGUCUGCAGGAAGUUCUGCAGGAACAUAAGAUGAGUCUGAGGAGGAGAUGUGAACAUGUGACUGAAGGAAGUGAUGAAGCAGGAGGUGGAACCCUCCUCAACAGGAUCUACACUGAGCUCUACAUCACAGAGGGACACAGUGGAGAGGCUGAUGUCCAACAUGAGGUGGAGCAGCUGGAGACAGCUUCCAAGAAGAGCCUCCAUGACACUCCCAUCAGGUGCCAGGACAUCUUUAAAGCCUUACCUGAGCAGCAGAGAGCCAUCAGAGUGGUCCUGACCAACGGCGUGGCCGGUGUGGGAAAAACCUUCUCAGUGCUGAAGUUCACUCUGGACUGGGCAGAGGGCGGAGAAAACCAAGACGUCAGUGUGGUGGUGGUGCUUCCGUUCAGGGAGCUGAACUUGAUCAGAGAUGAGCAGCACAGUCUUCUCACGCUGCUCCAUGUUUUCCAUCCAACAUUACAGAAGGUGACGGCAGAGCAGCUGGCUGUCUGUAAACUUUUGUUCAUCUUUGACGGUCUGGAUGAAAGCAGACUUUCACUGGAUUUCACCAACAGGAAGGUUGUGUCUGACGUCAGCCAGAAGUCAUCGCUGGACGUUCUGCUGGUCAACCUCAUGGAGGGGACUCUGCUUCCCUCGGCUCUGGUCUGGAUCACUUCCCGCCCUGCAGCAGCCAAUCAGAUCCCUCCUAAACAUGUGGACAGGUUCACAGAAGUACGAGGCUUCACCGACGUCCAGAAGGAGGAGUACUUCAGGAGGAGGAUCAGUGAUGAAGAGCGCUCCAGCACAAUCAUCUCCCACAUGAAGACAUCCAGGAACCUCCACAUCAUGUGUCGACUCCCAGUGUUCUGCUGGAUCACUGCUGCAGUUCUGGAGCACAUGUUGACCACAGAGCAGAGAGGAGAGCUGCCCAAGACCAUGACUGACAUGUUCUCACACUUCCUGCUGGUUCAGACACAGAGGAAGAAGAAGAAGUACCAUGAGGGACCUGAGACGAGUCCACAGGAGCUGACGGAGGCUGACAGGGAAGUUCUUCUGAAGCUGGGGAGGCUGGCCUUUAAACAUCUGAAGAAAGGAAACAUCAUGUUCUACCAAGAAGACCUGGAGCAGUGUGGUCUGGAUGUGACAGAGGCCUCGGUGUUGUCAGGAGUUUGUACCCAGAUCUUCAGGAGAGAGUGUGAGAUGUUCCAGAAACCAGUCUACUGCUUUGUUCAUCUGAGCAUUCAGGAGUUUCUGGCUGCAGUCUACGUGCUCCACUGUCACACCAACAGGAAGAAUGAGUUUCUGGAGAAGUUCCUGAGAGAAGAGCUGAAUGACUCAUCCCUGGAUAUUUUCUUGGGCAGAGUCAUGGAGAAAUCUCUCAGAAGUAGAAAUGGUCACCUGGACCUGUUUGUUCGCUUCCUUCAUGGCCUCUGUCUGGAGUCCAACCAGAGACUCUUCGGAGGUCUGCUGGGUCGGAAAAAGAACCGUCCAGAAAUGAUCCAGAGAGUCAUCAACAACCUAAAGGAGAUGAACAGUGAUGAAAUGUCUCCAGACAGAAGCAUCAACAUCUUCCACUGUCUGAUGGAGAUGAAGGAUCUCUCAGUACAUCAGGAGAUCCAAGAGUUCCUGCAGUCAGAGAACAGAUCAGAGAAGGAACUCUCUGAGAUCCACUGCUCAGCUCUGGCCUACAUGCUGCAGAUGUCACAGGAGGUUCCAGAUGAGCUGGACCUGAACAAAUACACAACAUCAUGGGAGGGAAAACAGAGACUGAUUCCAGCUGUGAGGAACUGUAGAAAGGCUCGACUUCAUGUCUAUGAUCUCUCAGAGACUCACUGUGAAGUCGUGGCCUCAGCUCUGAAGUCCAACCCCUCCCAUCUGAUAGAACUGGACCUGAGCUGGAACAACCUGCAGGAUUCAUCAGUGAAGCAUCUUUGUGAUGGACUGCAGAGUCCAAACUGUAAACUGGAGACUCUCAGAUUGGAGGACUGCAGUGUGUCAGAGAUCAGCUGUGACUCUCUGGUCUCAGCUCUGAAGUCCAACCCCUCACAUCUGGAACAUCUGGACCUGAGUGGAAACUACCUGCAGGAUUCAGGAGUGAAACAUCUGAGUGGUUUUGUGGAGAGUCCAGACUGCAUCCUGAAGACUCUGAGAUUGGAGGACUGCAGUUUGUCAGAGAUCAGCUGUGAUUCUCUGGUCUCAGCUCUGAAGUCCAACCCCUCACAUCUGGAACAUCUGGACCUGAGCAGGAACGACCUGAAGGAUUCAUCAGUGAAACAUCUGAGUGGUUUUGUGGAGAGUCCAGACUGCAUCCUGAAGACUCUGAGAUUGAAGGACUGCAGUUUGUCAGAGAUCAGCUGUGAUUCUCUGGUCUCAGCUCUGAAGUCCAACCCCUCACAUCUGGAACAUCUGGACCUGAGCCUCAACGACCUGAAGGAUUCAGGAGUGAAACAUCUGAGUGGUUUUGUGGAGAGUCCAGACUGCAUCCUGAAGACUCUGAGAUUAAGGGAAUGCAGUUUGUCAGAGAUCAGCUGUGAUUCUCUGGUCUCAGCUCUGAAGUCCAACCCCUCACAUCUGGAACAUCUGGACCUGAGCUGGAACAACCUGAAGGAUUCAUCAGUGAAACACCUGUUAGAUCUUGUGGAGAGUCCAGACUGCAGCCUGAAGACUCUGAGAUUGGAGUACUGCACUUUGUCAGAGAUCAGCUGUGAGUCUCUGGUCUCGGCUCUGAAGUCCAACCCCUCACAUCUGGAACAUCUGGACCUGGGUGGGAACAACCUGAAGGAUUCAGGAGUGAAACAUCUGAGUGGUUUUCUGGAGAGCCCAGACUGCACUCUGAAGACUCUGGGAUUGAAGUUCUGCAGUUUGUCAGAGAUCAGCUGUGAUUCUCUGGUCUCAGCUCUGAAGUCCAACCCCUCACAUCUGGAACAUCUGGACCUGAGUGGAAACGAAGAGCUGAAGGAUUCAGGAGUGAAACAUCUGAGUGGUUUUGUGGAGAGUCCAGACUGCAUCCUGAAGACUCUGAGUUUGGAGUACUGCAGGUUGUCAGAGAUCAGCUGUGAUUCUCUGGUCUCAGCUCUGAAGUCCAACCCCUCACAUCUGGAACAUCUGGACCUGAGCAGGAACAUCCUGAAGGAUUCAGGAGUGAAACAUCUGAGUGGUUUUGUGGAGAGUCCAGACUGCAUCCUGAAGACUCUGAGAUUGGAGCGCUGCAGUUUGUCAGAGAUCAGCUGUGAUUCUCUGGUCUCAGCUCUGAAGUCCAACCCCUCACAUCUGGAACAUCUGGACCUGAGUGAGAACGACCUGCAGGAAUCAUCAGUGAAACAUCUGUUAGAUCUUGUGGAGAGUCCAGACUGCAGCCUGAACACUCUGAGAUGGGAUCAGGUGCUGAGGUGGUGACAUGAGUCCUGAUGAUCCAGAUGUUGAAGCAGCAGCUGGUGUGCAGAGACUCUGAUGGACCGUGUUACUGGGAGGUGGACUGGGAACCAGUGUAAAGUGUGUUGUUCUCACUGUAUAGUUUAGUGUUGCAGCUCCACACUGAAUGAUGGAGAAGUGCAGUUAAUGUUGACAUGAUCUGUUGGAGGUUGAUGUCAGGUUGCAGAGUGUGCAGGAAGUUUCAGAAUGUUUGUGUCGGUGCAGGAUUCUAUUUCAGUGGACUUUCUAUUUCCAGCUGCAGUCAAAGUUGUUGAGCUUCUCUACCUGCAGCACAUUGAGCUGAUGAGAACAAAGUGUCCUGGAAACAUGUCAACUGAAGCCUUGGAGCCCAGACAGAGUUUAAUGAAGCACAUUGGACUUUAUUCCACCUUGUUUUUUCCCAGUCAAAUAUCCGAGGGAUGAACACCAAUAACAGUCCAUAAACUGCUCUUUUACAGCUCAGUUGAUUCUUUUAGUGUUUUUCUUUCUUCACAUAUUCAUCAUGUGUCAUUUACUGUGGACUUAUUUGUUCAUCUCUGUCAUUCAUUCCAAGCAGCUUAUUUACAGAUGCUGCAGUUUUGUCAUGUGUACAGAAUCUGAAAUGUAACAUAUAUUAUAGUUGGUAACUACACAUUUCUUUUUUAUUUUCCAUCUGUUGCAGUAAAAUGUCAUUUGUACGUUGAUGAGUUGUGUUUGUCUGGACAUGACUGUUAGUCAGGAUCAUAAUAGACCAGACUCUGAGCAGAUUUCUCUUCUUCUCUUCUCUCUUUUCUGCUUUUUUUCUUGUGUUUUUACAGGAUUGCACUGGUAAUAUUAACAUAUUUUUCCUGACAUCAUUGCUGCCAUUUUAUACAGGUUCUAAUUUGUAAAGAUAAUGAUUUUGAUGUGGACAUUAUUUACAAUCUCGGCCUUCUUUAAGGGUUAAUAUGAAAAUCUAUAUGUCUGACAUUUUUAUUGUGAUGUUACCAGAUAUCUGUGAUUUAACAAGAAUAAAUAACAAAUUACAUUAAUA